GCGAAGCUCAAGAUACUGAAAUCCAACAAAAACGACACCAUUAGCUGGCGACGCAUUAUCCUUCAAUAUUAUUUCGCUUUUACCCAGGGUUGGCCCUCCGAUUCUGCCGCCGAAAUUCUUAUCGGCACCAGACCCAUUUCAGUCCUUCCCUCACCCUCCAUGAACUUGUUGGAGAAGAUAAAGAUGCAGAAGAAGGAACCAGACAAAGUUCCAACCCAUGAGGUGCCGGUGUUCUGGAUCGAAACCUCUGAAUCAGUCUCAUACCGCUGCGAGUUUGACCCCAAGGGUCAACUCACUGUGAAGCUUCUUGAUGACUCAAGGCCAAUAUUCAAUAAGAUGGCUGACUCGUUUGUCAGUAAAUUUUUCCCCUCAGGAUAUCCAUAUAGUGUGAAUGAAGGAUAUCUUAGAUACACACAAUUCCGGGCACUGCAGCACUUCACCAGUGCUGCCCUGUCAGUGCUUUCAACUCAGUCCCUCCUGUUUGCUGCAGGCUUGCGACCAACCCCUGCCCAAGCAACUGUUGUAAGCUGGGUUCUAAAGGAUGGGAUGCAGCACAUGGGAAAGCUCAUAUGUACCAAUCUGGGUGCAAGAAUGGAUUCAGAGCCUAAACGUUGGAGAAUUCUGGCUGAUGUGCUCUAUGACUUGGGAACUGGCUUGGAAGUUCUUUCUCCUUUAUGUCCACAACUUUUUCUUCAAGUCGCAGGGCUAGGAAAUUUUGCAAAGGGGAUGGCAGUUGUUGCAGCAAGAGCAACAAGAUUACCAAUUUAUUCUGCCUUUGCAAAAGAGGGCAAUCUUAGUGACCUCUUUGCCAAAGGGGAGGCCAUCUCAACUCUGUUCAAUGUCAUUGGACUAGGAGCAGGGAUCCAGUUAGCAUCUACUGUCUGUUCAUCAAUGCAAGGAAAGAUGGUUGUUGGGCCUCUUCUUUCAAUGGUACAUGUGUACAGUGUCAUUGAAGAAAUGCGGGCAACUCCUGUCAACACAUUGAAUCCACAGAGGACUGCAUUGAUUGUGGCUGAUUUUCUCAAGACAGGGAAGAUAUCAAGCCCAGCAGACCUAAGGUAUCGAGAAGAUCUCCUAUUUCCUGGGCGACUCAUAGAAGAUGCUGGAAAUGUAAAAGUGGGAAGGUCUUUCCACGAGGUCAUCAAGCCUUCAAAACUUGAUGAAUUGAAACAAAGGUUCCCUGAAGAGAAGUUUAUUUUAAGCCAUGGAAACAAAGAGGUCGACAUGAUAUUGGAGCACAGCGCCACUGGUGAAGAUGCAUUGAGGGGGUGGCUUGUUGCUGGAUACACCGCACAUAUCGAGAAGUCUUUUGGUGUGCCAAGUUCUAGUGCACUGCAAGAAGCGUACGAGAAGAUGAAUGAUGUAUAUGGUCCAUUUGUAUCUGAACUGCAGGCCAAGGGGUGGCAUACUGAUCGCUUUCUGGAUGGAACAGGAAGUCGUUUCGCAUGGUGGUCGAAUGUAGCUUCAGAUUCAGACAAUUCUUCUUGAAGAUUUUGAAAUUCUUUUACACAGGCAGGAUUGAAACAUAGGGAACCUUGUGACAAAAUGUUUAGAGAGAGUAGGGAAUCUCUGUAACGUCCUACUACAAUACUGUAUGGAAUGUAGGAUAUAAAGUAAAGAUAAACUAGCAGUCCAGCACAUGCUCUCUGCGUGAGAAAUUGCCAUUUUAUAAUUUUAUCUGAAUUAAUAGAGUAAUUGUUGCCAACUGGCUCUAGUCCAGUGGAAAAA